GUUUGGAAGCCGUCAAAAUUACUUGGGUCUCAAGCAGACUUGAUAUUCAGCGGGUUGCAAUUACUUUUGUUCAGUGCAGUUUCCAGUUCUUUUGAAUCAGCUGUCAUUCUUAUAAACUGUUUCUGAUCUCAUUGUUGACUAGCUACCGAGGCUAGGUCGCUGGCUGGCUAGCUAAAUUAGCUGGCUGCUCAUACUGAAAAUGAACGUCGAUCCUCCACAGCCAGUCACGACUGGAGGCACAUCUUCGCACUCUUCAACCUCCACCAGCAACAGCAAUAACUGUAUCAGCAACAACAAUAAUGUAGUCUCCAACCCCAGCAGUAUUCCGUCUGUAGCGACCAGCAAUGUCCCUACCUCGGCUGCUUUGGCCCCUCCCUCAGCAGAAACGUCUGUUGCUAAUGGGGUGUAUGUACCCACGGGGAUCGCCAACGGUGACGUAAAGCCCGUCAUCUCCACCACUCCGCUGGCUGAUUUCCUGAUGCAGCUGGAAGACUAUACUCCGACGAUCCCAGAUGCUGUGACGGGCUAUUACCUCAACCGUGCUGGGUUUGAAGCCUCAGAUCCUCGCAUAAUUCGUCUGAUCUCCCUGGCUGCUCAGAAGUUCAUCUCGGACAUCGCAAAUGAUGCCUUGCAACACUGCAAAAUGAAGGGCACUGCAUCAGGCAGCUCUAGAAGCAAGACGAAGGACAAGAAGUACACACUAACGAUGGAAGACCUGUCUCCAGCUCUCACUGAGUAUGGCAUCAAUGUGAAGAAGCCCCACUACUUCACAUAAUAUCUGGGCCUUUGCAGAGGUUGGACUGCUGAAACCGCGAAGCCCUGGAGCCCCUCUGGUCCCAGUUUUCAGCCAUGCCUGCACCUCCUCACAAGGACAUGUACCACUUUUGGUUACUCUCGUUUGGCCCUGUAUAGGAGGGAUACAGAAAACAAUUUGCUCUUUCAGUGAUGUUUUGUUAGCGUUUUUUUUUUUCCUUUUAUAGCCUAGAAACAAUUCUGAUUGUCUGAUUUUAAGUCUGUUGUAUUUUUGACACCAAUAAACGCUCAAAAGGCCAAUGUUUUUCCACAGUUGUGACCUGUUUCAUGUUACCGCUGUUUGAAGUUAGAACAAUGGAAAUAAUUACGUAAUAGAGAAGAAGUUACCCUGCAGGUUUUUGCAUUUUAGUUGAAUGGUGCCUCUAGGUAGUAGAGAGAGCACAGAGUCUUUUUGAAAAGGUUGUCACUCAGAUGAGAUUAAAUCCAUAAGUGUCAGAUGUAAACUCAUAUAUAAUUAUAAAUAAGUACUGUGGUCUAGCUGAAUAGUACUAUGGAUUAAAUCUAGAGCAAAACAAUGCAUUCUUGCUGAUUCAGAACCAUAAACUGUGCAUAUAAUUUUCUCAAGAAUAAACAGUAUUUGACAA